GGCUGUUCACCACAAGCUCACUUUGGAGGGAGCACAUUGAACGGUAACGACGCUCACAACCUCGUUACACGAUACCACAAGCUUGUUCCGCUGUGGAUUGAAAUUUUGGCAUUAGGAAUCUUUGAGCAUGACGAACAGAAGCUACUCAAGAAAGAGAUAGCAGAUGUCAUCUCACUGAUGAAAAUCUACGGUCCACUAGUGACUAACUUAGGAAACACGAAUAGGUUAACCAAGGAGGCAAUCGAUGAGCUGGACAAGGAAAUUGCCGGUUUCCUAAUAGAAUAUCGGAAAUACUUCAAGACUGUUCCGCCAAAGAUCCACAUGCUUGAAGACCACGUGAUUCCCCAAUUACGAAAGUUGGGUUGGUCGAUGGGAAUCGGGUCAGAACAAGGUGGCGAGGCCUCACACAAACUGGUGAAAGCAGUGAGGCAGCGAUUUUUCAAUAAGUCCUCAGAUAAAGACAGUAUAUUAAGAGCCGUGACCAAGGUCACAUCCGAUAGCAUUAUAAGACUGAGGUCGGAUACUAUAGUAACAAAAGUUUAAAAAAAGUAAAAAAACCUCCUCCAUAGUACUAACCCAAGAAUAUUUAGGUAGGACCCCCCCCCCUGCCCCCUUAAGUGGGUGACACACCACAGCUAUUUCCUUCCCCCAAAUAGGGCUUAACAUACAUAAUUAAAACAGUCAAAACUCCGAUUUACCACAAACCCCCGAUUUACCGCGGCUUUUUCUUUUCUCUCAAACUCUGAGGUAAAUCGUGGUAUUACUGUAUAUGGGGGCAGGGGGUCUUUAUAUGAAAUUUCUCUCGAAAUUGAUUUUACAGUUGUUUCUAAUGGAGAGGAGUGAUAUCUAUCUGCUGCUUUUGGUCCCAUGGAAAAAUAUUGUUCCUAGCCGAAGUUAUCGCCAGAUAAAGGUCAGCGCUCAUGUGUAAUUGUACUGCGCGGGCGAUUUUUGAUCGCGUGCCCUGAAAAUCGAGUCUAAAAAUCUAUACUCUCCUACAUUUGUUGAGCAAUCACCCUGAAACUUUCAGGAUAUGUUCUAGGGAUCAUUUAAAAGAGAUGAGCCGGGCAGAAUUUUGAGAUAGGCCUUUAAAAAAGUUUUUAUUCGAUUUUGAAAAUCUUGGACCAGGAAAAAUCGUCAAAAAACGACCUAUCUUAAAAUUCGGAUAAAACAGAAUCUCCUAAAUGGUUCUUAGAACAUAUCCUGAAAGUUUCAAGGUGAUUGCUCAAAAAAUGUAGGAGUUCAAGAUAGAUUUUUUGACUUGAUUUUCAGGGCCAGAUUGAAAAUCGCUCGCGCAAUACAAUUACACAUGAGCGCUGACCUUUGACCGGCGAUAACUUCGGCUAGGAACAAUAUUAUAUUUCCAAUGGACCAAAAGUAACUGAUAGAUAUCACUCCCUCUAUCAGAAACAACUAUAAAAUCAAUUUCGAGAGAAAUUUCAUAAAGACCCCCCUGCCCCCUUAAUUUGGUAAACAAUGCUGUUUAAUAGUGUUUUGCCAGAUUAAUGAAAAAUGUUUAGAUAAUGAAGGUAAUGCUGUUUACUGGUUUAUCUUUCAGCGACAGCUCUUUAAGAAAUGAGGCCCUUAAAUGAAGUGUGUAUUCUGUGUAAUGAAAGUAGUUAAUAUAAGCUAUGUUGUUGUCUUAAACAGUAUAAAUGAGUGUUGAGGCUAUCUCAUUAUUCAUUUGAGGAUCCUCUAUAACUCAAUAUUAAUGCCUGUUCUCGCUCAAGCAUCUUCAUCCAUCUUGUUGCUCACUGUUUUCUUGAAAUUUUUGUUUUCUUGACUGAUAAUGAUUUAAGUUGAAGUAAAAUUGUUUAUGUUCAUGAGAUCUACUGUUAAGCGCUACUUUUCGAGAAAAAAGAACAGAAAAUGUUCAUCAGAGUCCCAGACAGAUGCAGAAGAAAGUUUAGAAAACUCUCAUUUGGCUGAGGCCAUACCAACAAAUACCAAGUACUCCUCCAUUGAGAAUGAAGAGGAAACUUUCAAUGAAGAAUCCGUGGAGGAUGCCAUCAACCAGUCCGGCAUUGGAUUUGGAACACUUAUUUUUGUCUUGAGUCCUUGUUUAUUCAUUCUCUUUGAAGGGGCAGAAGACGUCAUUCAAUCCUACAUGAGUGAUUUAGUGACAUGUCACUGGGAGUUAAGCUUAGAUAAGCUGCUCUUUAUCGAGAUCGGGACUGUUAUUGGAAUGUUGGCGGGUUCUCUAGUCUGUUCACCUUUGAGUGACAAAUAUGGGAGACGGAAUGUCAUAAUGGUGAUGGUAUCUGGACUACUUAUAUUCGGGAAUUUGACAGCAUUUGCAGUUGGGUUUACAUCGUACCUCACUUUCCAGAUAAUGGUCGGAUUCUUUGUCGGUGGUGGUAUAGCUCCUGUGAUAGCUCUGUUAGUUGAGGUGGUUCCGAGUCGCUGGAGGGUUGCAGUCCUUGCACUUAGAUCUGCUGGAAGAGCGUCUGGGAUUGUGUACGCAGUGGCGGCGUUCUGGCUACUGAACGAGAGUUUGGGCUGGAGGUCAAUCAUCCUGGCCAUCAAUAUAAUCAACAUUCCUGCUCUUGUGUUUGUGUGCCUCAGUGAUGAAAGCUCACAGUAUAGAAUAGCUGUUGAUGACGAGAAGAGAGCAAAGAAGUCAUUGGCCCGGUUACAAUCAUUAAACGUGAACAAAGCAUUCUUUUACUGUUGCUUGGAGAGCAAUGUAAAGGAGGUGGAUGCAGAAGAGAAUAAGUCUGAAAUAUGGAGAGCCUCCGGUGAAUCCUUAAAUGAAUCAGAGGGUCGGAGAGUGACUUUCAGUCCCUCUACCACUAAACAUUCCACUGAUGACAAACCAGAGGAUUGUGCAAUUAGUGACUUAGCUUCAUCUGACUUGGAGACGGAGCAAGAGGAUGCCGAGUACAACACAGGCCAUUCAGCGGUCUCUGGCAGCCAAAUAUCAGCUCCUGAGAAGGAUGAUGAAUCUCACUGUCAGGCGGGGUGCACUGACCUUCAGCUUCCGAUUAAAGGCAUGAUUCUUAUGGCAGCCUACGGCUUUAUUGUCCAAGCAAUCUACUAUGGAUAUACGUUCUAUAACAAAAACGGGAUAAAAGAUCGCUACUGCGCUGAUUGGACCACCAUCGAACCUCCAGUAUCCAUGAAUGUAGCAUUAUUAGACGACUGUGCAGUAGUUAAUACACACCAGCUAUUUGAGCAAUCCAUGACGUCGAUAAUAGGUCCCGUUGGAGCUAUCCUGACCGCGAUCUCGGCAGUAUCGAUAGGGCGCAAGAAGACUGGUUACAUCAUCGCGCUCCUUCUGGUAACAUUCAACUUCUUCUUUUACAACUGUCCCAACAGCAUUGACUCAGGUAUAUUCAAUCUCAUCGUAUCCCUUGUAAGUAUACUUAAGUGUGGUGCGGAUCUCUUACCUUUGGUUGUGGCGUCAGAAUACUUUUCCACCUCCAACAGGGGCAUGGGUUUGUCAGCCUGCGUCACUGGCUCCAAGUUAGGAGCAACCUUGAGUAUUCUCGUGUGUCAUUACGGACAUGAUGGUGCUCCCUACUGGAUUGCUGGGUACCUUCAUUUGUUGAGUGUGUUGAUGAUUGUUGUAGUGUUCGUUACAAGGGAGACAAAAAGGGUUUAGACUCGGGUCAUUUACUUCCUGUACUUCGAAAAUACACGAAGGGAAACUCAUAAUAAUAAUAUGAGGCUUGAAAUCUUCGUAAAACUACAACUUGAGAGCUUCAAAUUAUCUGUUAUUAAUAUUAUUUAGUAAGUAGUGUUGAAAAUAUCAAUAUUUAUUCGAACAGAUACAGAUACAGUUAUUUCCACAGUUAUUAGUACUUUAAGGAUGAACUAUAAACGGAAUAAUCUUAGUUAUUCGAUAGUACUGCGGAGCUUUUUAAAAUAUUAGUUUGUUAUAAUUACUGAUUAGUGCCGUAGAUCAAUAUCUAUUGUC